ACGUCGGAAACUGCAAAGUAGCAAUGUUGCUUUGUCGAAACGCAUAAUUUUGUGAUUCGUAGCUUUCUUUCUAAUUACUCAAAUGAACGUCUUCGGUAAAUUAAAAACUAGAUAACUCAGCCGCCUUCUUCUGAGUACGCAAAAAAAGCUUACUGCUUAGUGCUUACACUUGUGCCGUUUUAUAUAUAGGUACAUUAAAUAAAAAUGUAUAUAUAGGUACUAUAUGUGUAUAUACCAUUACUCAGGCUAUUGGCCUCUCCGCUGCCACUGCCACGUACCGGAUGACGCUACACGGAAAGCCUAUACUCCUCUUCCCCCUCUUUUCUUUUUUUCACUCGACUGUUGAUUCUCUGGCGUGGAUCAUAGAACAUAAGUUAAACCAAAACAUUUUUUAUCCAAUACAGUGGAUAGGCAAGCUAGUGGUCAGCAGCAACAACAGCAGCAAUCUGGAGGAGGUGGAAGUAACGCUGGAAACAAUAGCGGAGGUAAUUCGGCUCGGCUCCGGCUGAAUCAGGUGCGAGCCACGAGGGAUGAGAAGAAGGGGACAAGCGCCCCAGGGACAAACAUUGCUGGCACUGCCACUACAGCCGCUGGUCAAGCCAGCAGCAGUAGUUGCAGCAACGCAUCGUCGCGCCAAGCUGCAGCAAUUUCUACUGCUGCCGCUUCUGGGUCCACGUCUCUGAACUACAAUCAAACUGCAAUGGAUUCGUCCGUGGGAAAAUCGACAGGCAGUGGUGGUAACACAAGCGGAAGUGGAGUAUCAGGUAGUGCGUCGUCGGGCAACAGCGGUUCCGGUAAUGGUCCAGCCAGCAGCAGUGGCAACGUACCUAACUCGUCCUCGUCAUCAUCUUCGUCAGCCGACGGUGGCGAUAUUUACGAGUUUAAAAGUUCUAAGGAAGCCACACCGGUCCGAGGCUCGAGUUCCUCGCCCAAUCUCAAUCCCGACAAAGAUGGCAAAGAUUCCAACUCCUCUCUUGCCUUGUCAACGAGCAAUACUCAGAAUCUUAGCAGUGCAGCCCCAGAGCCUAAUGCCACCAGUCAGGGUUCUGCUGUAGUUGGUUCUAGUACGGGCGUAUCAUCGUCCGUAUCUUCCACGAAUGCCGGUGCUAUUACUGGCUCGUCCUGUUCGUCGACUGGCGGUACGAGUGGUACUUUGGCGGAAGCUAUGUCUACGUCGACAACGGACGAUCAACCACAAUCUUCAAGUGCCUCUGGUACCGUGUCAGGUGCCUCCUCCACGUCGGUUAAAAGGUCUUUUGACAGCGAAAGCGGUCCGGGAGAUGAGCAAGACGAAGAAGGUCGUAAGAGAAAGAAAAAAGAAACGGAAACAGGAAAAGAUGUUGGAGCCAAGGGUCCGGCUAGCAGACAAGCGACACCUAGGAACAAUCCCAGUGCCAGUGAUAAGAUAAAGCAAACUUGUAGCAGACAAGUAGGUGGAAUCGUUAAUACAAAGGGUAAUCAAGGUAACAACUCUAGUAGCAGUGAUCGCAAAAGUCCAUCCAUGAGUGCAAACAGCCCCAAACCUUCAAACUCCUCGAUUUCUAAUACCAAUAAUCUGAAAGGCAAUACUCCUUCUGCUACCGAGUCUGAUGGAGAAGAUGAGCGUUCGAAAAAUUCUGAUUCUAAUUCUGCACCUAAAGUGCCACCGUUAAAAAUUGUGAUACCUCAGAGCACAGUGUCGGAGCAAGAACAAGGCAAUCGAAAUGGCAAAAAUAACUCGAAUCGAGGCCACCAGUUACCGUACGUUGUGGCGAGCUCCAACAGCAAUGAUUCCACUGAUAAGGAGCAAGGUAUGUCGGUAGUCACUAGUGGCACUACCAGUCCAAUAGACAAUGGUGGAGCAUCUUCUAAGACUGACGAAAAGAAAGAAAUGGGUGGGGCUCUAGAUGGUAGUAAUAAUGGUCCAUGGCACAGUCAUCAACGAGUCUUAAGAAGUUCGCAUCGUUCGGGAAAUGGUGCCAAUGGUUCUUCUGGUAGCAAUUCCGGUAACAUGUCAGGAAACGGAAAUUUUUCAAACAACUCGCCAUUGCCUGCUAACCCUGCUGAUAGAUCGAACAAUUCGUCUCCGCAACAGAGAUAUCAUUCCCCAACGCCUGAAUCAGUUGUCUCCGAGGCUGUUAAAACGGCAUCGGCAGAUUCAUCAAUACAAAAUAGUCCGGCACCCAAGUCGAGUAGUGUUAUAGAUAAAGGAGAUGUUAAGGUAGAAGUUAAGAAAGAACUUGUCGAUUCGUCAGAAGUUAACAUUAAAAAAGAGCCUGGCAGCGAAUCAUCAAACACAUCCUCGCAGCAGUCGGUAGAGCUUCAUCCACGGAAAAGAAAGAUGAAGCCUAACAAGGAAAAUCAGCAGUCAACCUCGUCAUCCACAGGGACAAAUGAAACGACAGAAACGACCAAUACUGUACCCGAAAUUCAUCCUCACGAUCAACCCAUAACAAAUUGUUAUCAAUUGUUUUUGAAUAUAAGAAAACAGAUUGAUAAAAAAAGAAAAGGACUGUUUCCUGUUCAGCCAAAGCCGCCUCAAGGAUUUAAGGAUUACUUGAUGAAUCGAUGCACAUAUGUGCUUGCAGGAAAUGCAAACAAAGAACCAACCAUCAAUUUUCCUGUCAAUUUACCCGCUCAGAUGAAAGAUCUUUAUGUACAACAGGAACAAGUUCGUCAUCGAUUACGGAUGCAACACGUUGUAGAAAAAGAAAAAUUAGUUUUAUCAGUGGAGCAGGAAAUUCUUAGGGUCCAUGGUAAAGCAGCUCGAGCUCUUGCUAAUCAAUCACUUCCGUUUUCAGCUUGUACAUUUCUCAAAGACGAAGAAGUCUAUAAUGUUAUAACUCCAGAACAAGAGGAAAAAGACCGAAAUGCGAGAAGUAGAUAUAAUGGUCGUCUUUUUUUAAGCUGGUUGCAAGAUGUUGACGAUAAAUGGGAAAAAAUCAAGGAAGGAAUGUUGCUGAGACACCAUAAUGAGGCAGAAUCUUUACAUGCUGUUCAGCGGAUGGACUGGGAAUGGAAGUUAAAGGAAGUUCAGCUUUGCGAAUUUAAAGCAACACCUCAAAUAGAAGAUUCCCAUGUACCCAUGGUUCAUGUUUCCGACGACUUUGACCUAUUACCUGCUUAAUUUUUGACUAAUAUUAUAUCUACUUCGUCUAACGCUUUGAAGAUAUUAUCUGUGAUCUCACGUGUAUGACAUGUACGUAUUUGUAUAUGAAGCGUGUAUACAUAGUAAUUUUAAGGCACAACACUGCAUUUUAUCAAAUUCUUUAAAGUGACUGAAAAUUCUAAUGAUUAUGUACAUAUUGAUUUUAUUGUAACAUACUUAUCAAGUUAUUCGAUUGUUUUAUAAACUUUUCCUUCUUGGACAAACUUUAAA